AUGUUUGGGUGCAAUUUUUUUGGAACGAGAAGGACCGGGGAGCUCUCCCUGUCCCCUCUGCAGCUGCAAAACAGUGGCCGCUACCGCUGUGAGGGUUUGGUGAAAUCCUGGCUGAGAAGGUCAGCAGCAGUGACAGUGACAGUGCAUGAGCUCUUCUCUGUGCCGGUGCUGGAGGGUCCCCCCGAGCCCACCGAGGGGUCUCUGACUCUCAGCUGCCUCAGUACCCCCAGCCCCCUGCAGCCCCGUGCCCCCCUCCUGCACAUGUUCUACUGGGAUGGGCAGGUGGUGGGGGGCCCGCAGGGGUUCCCGCAGCUGCUGCUGCCCGCUGUGGGGGUCUCCCACUCGGAGAAUUACAGCUGUGAGGUGCGCUCCAAGGGGGGGAAUGUGCGGAAGAGCAGCGCCCAGAUCCACGUCACUGUGCACAGGGUCCCACCCUCGGGGGUAUCCCUGUUGGUGCAGCCCCCCGGGGGACAGGUGGCAUCUGGGGACAGCCUGGUACUGAGCUGUGCAGUGGCCACAGGGACAGGUCCCCUGUCCUUCUCCUGGAACCUGGAGGGCUCAGAAGCAUCGCUGGGCACCGGGCCCCGUCUGGAGCUGUGGCACGUUGGGGACAAUGACAGCAGCCAGUACCUGUGCCGGGUCAGUGACGGGGACAGCGUGGCUGAGAGUGACCCCCUGAAUGUCACCAUGCUGGUGCCCGUGGCCAAUGGCACCAUCACCCCCGGUCCCCUGGCACACCAGGUGCGCACAGGUGAUCCCGUGACCCUGCACUGCUCGGUGCAGGUGGGCUCAGCCCCUGUCACCUUCACCUGGCUGCACAAGGGGCAGGAGGUGGCCCGCGGUCCCCUCCUGGAGCUUGGGGAUGUCGAUGUGGGACAUUCGGGCAACUACCAGUGCGUGGCCACCAACCAGCUGGGACAGGAUGGGCACCGGCCUCUUAGCCCAGAGCUGGGCCUGGAGAUGACAUCUGGCUCACCCUGCCUCACAGGGCUGAGCAAACCACAGCCAGGCCACUUCCCCCAAAGAAUUCUCACCUCUGCAGCAGCUCUAAAGCUGCCAGAAUCAAAGCCAGGGGACUAG